UUCAAAUUCACAAAUGUCGAAAUCCAUCUCAACAGAAGCAUCCCUCUUCGCCUCCCAGAUCGAGAACCGAAGAUUUAACACUGGAACCCUUCAAAUUUUGGAAUCGAUCCUAGUUGCUAAAGAUGUGUCGUCACUUUUGGAGAUCAGAUCGGCUUUGAGAGAGCUCCUCCGAUCCCAAUCCAUGGCGGUUUUGGUAGAAACAUCGGUGGAGACGGCCGAUGUGAAGCUUCGGAUCGUCGAGUUCUUCGUUAGGGCGUUCGCUCUGAUCGGAGAUGUGGAGAGUUGUUUGGCACUGAAGUAUGAAGCCUUGGUUCUAAGAGAGGCUAUACAUCUGAAGGAUCGUGAUUUGCAAGUCUCAUAUGAGGAAUGGUUAACAUUUGGAAGGGAUUCGCUUAAUAAUGGGUUUUACACCAUUGCUGUCAGGGGAUUUGAAAAUGCACUUGUGUGCAUUAAAUCCCACACUAAUGUAGAUCCAGGACCCGUUGCUGCUCCUGUCGUGGAUACUAUAAAUGACAUAAAAAGACUUCGAGACAUCGCCACAGCAUUAGUUGCAUCACAUUCUGUUCAGACACAAUCAGCUGAGUACUUGAAAAGGAAAGCCAUAUCAGUAGACUUAAAACCCGGUUUAUCCUCAACACACAAAAAAACUGUUGCAAGUUCCGCGUUCAGGUAUGGUAUUAAGAAGAGGAACAUACAAAAACUGUAUCAUAGUCGAGCCCUCGAUAGGGAUGUUAGUGGAACAUGAGCUCAUUUAGACUCUUGAUCUCAAUGUUUGCCAAUUUAUAUUGAUCAAAUGCUGCUUCCAUUAUUUUUUGAAAGAUGUCCUGCUUUUAUUACCACUGAACUGGAUUAUGCCUGAACUUUAGAUUUCUUUUGUCAAGACAAGCAGUAGAUCAAAUUAAUCCUUUAAUGUCACUUUGUGGACAAAAGUUGUAAUAUGAGAAUAAUAGGAAGCGAAAUAUCAUUCCCCUUUGCGGUUAAUAUUGCUGUGCAUCAGCAGUAUCUCUGUUCCUGAGAAGUAAAGUCUAUUUCUCUUCAGUUUCAUACAUGUUUCUAUCAAUGUUUCUGAAGACCAGUCAAAUCUAUUUGGUCGGUCGGUGAAACUACGAAUUGAUCUUUAAUCCAGUCCAGUGGAGAACUGGUUGAACUAGUUAAACCAAUGGUUGAAUCACUGGACGAGUUAUAGUAAAACCUCUUUGGGUCAUCACUGAUUCAGAUCUUAAAUUACUGACUCCUAGUAGCUUCCAGUCACAAAGGCCUAUUGCUGUUGGCUAAGACAUCUUAGAAAUAACAUUAAAGAAAUCUUCUGGUGCUAUAGCAAGCACCAGUGGUCUAGUGGUAGAAUAGUACCCUGCCACGGUACAGACCCGGGUUCGAUUCCCGGCUGGUGCAUUUCUUUUUAUUUUUAUUAUUUUUAAAUAUUUCAUUGCAAACAUUUUUCAAAUCGAAAUUGGUCUGCCAGUGUGAUGUCGGCCACUGUUUGACCCCUUACUACUAGUCAAGCAUUACUGCCUUUGUGUGUUCUACAUGGCCCACAGAGCAUAGUUUGGCUGUUAGGAGAAACAGUGUUAGGGAAAUUAGUGCUCGCGCCCGUGUGUACGUAGUGCGCGUGGGAAAGCGAGAGCUCAGGUAAGGUCUCCAUGGACCCGUAUUUUGUUUUUUUUUUUUAGAGGUGUGUAUGAUAAUGGAAUAACAUUUAAAAAUAUUAUUUUUAGCCCAUAGACCAUAGUUUGCCCGUUAGGAGAAACAGUGUUAGGGAAAUUAGUGCUUGCGCGCGUGUGUACAUAGAAGCGCGUGGAAAAGCGAGAGCUUAGCUAAGGUCCCCAUGGACCCGUAUUUUGUUUUUUUUUCAGAGGUGUGUAUGAUAAUGGAAUAACAUUCAAAAGGAUUAUUGUUAGAAUAAUUUAAUAUUUAAG